AUGUCAAAGGCCAAGCAAUUUGUUGAAUUCGGCAAGAAGAUUAUUGCAAUUGGGAAGAAUUACGAAGCCCAUGCGCGUGAAAUGGGUGCAGCUUCAGCCCCAAAAGAUCCCGUGCUUUUUCUCAAGCCCACCACCAGUUACGUGCGUAAUGGUGGCAGUGUGUUGCUCCCCCCAGGAAUUGGUCAAGUCCAUCACGAAGUGGAACUUGGUGUGGUAAUUGGGAAGACAGGUAAAGAUAUCGACGAAAAUGUCAGCAUGGACUACGUCGCCGGCUAUGCGUUGGCAAUCGACAUGACGGCACGUGAUUUACAAACCAAGGCAAAGAAGGCGGGGUUACCGUGGACGCAUGCAAAGGGACUCGACACGUUCACGCCAAUCAGUGACUUUAUCCCCAAGUCAGCGGUGCCAUCACCUUACAAUCUGAACAUUUGGCUGAAGGUGGACGAUGAACUGCGUCAAAAUGGCAACACUAGCGACAUGGUGCACAGCAUUCCGUUUCUAAUCGCUCACGUAAGCCGAAUCAUGACGCUGGAAGAAGGUGAUCUGCUCAUUACCGGCACGCCUGCAGGCGUCGGACCUGUUCCGCCUAACAGCGUGCUUACAGCAGGCAUUACGGGACUUAUCGACUUGCGCUUUCCUGUGAAGACGCGUGUGUACAAGGCUUAG